AUGCUCAACCCCUCACACGCGAAAGGCACGCGCACGUUCGAUAACUACGUGCGAGAUCCAGUACGCGACAUAGACCGGCCGGAAGAGAUCAGUUCUGUUGUUCGGGUUCCCCCCUCGGCCGCAAAAGGAAACAAGGAAGAAACAAUGUCUGCGAACCAGUGGCCUCCCCCACAGGCCGCCGACGCCUCCGGGCGCGAAAAGACCUAUUUCGAGCAGCAGCGCGAGGCGCUCAUCGGGGACAUCGCCAUGAGUUUUGAGCAUGUCCUGGCCAACGUCAACAAGCUGAAUCGGUCGCUCGAGGCCGUCAUUGCGGUCGGCAACGAGUUCUCCUCGGUAGAGGCGCUCUGGUCGCAGUUCGAAAACGUCAUGGCCAAGGAGCCGGAGGACGGCAAGGCGGCGCAGGAUCAGAAUGAGGGCGGCGGCGGUGCCGAGGAACGGGAACGGGAAAACGCCGGGAGCCGGGCCAGCUGCUGA